AAUGAUGAUGCAAGGUGCACAUUCUCUCAUUUAAACAAAUGACAAGAUUUUUUUAUUUUGUUUUUAAUAAUAUCAGAGAUAAGCGUCAAGGUGAUAUUGUGUAUAAUAAUGGUAUACAAUGAUGCAAUUAUUGCUAAAUAAAUAAAAAGGUGUGUCUUCUUCUCUCAAGGAACAUUUAUUUGUAAACGUAACAUACGUAAGAUUUAAAUACAAAUUCAUUUUAAUUUGAUUCAGUAAAUUUGUUAAAAAUUCUGCUUCAUCAAUUGUACUUGUUUACUGUAACAAUAUUUUGUCUCCUAUAUCAAUAACAGUCAUUCUAGUCAAUAUGAACUUCUUCUUCUCAGUUGUUGCACUAUGCAUAAGUUGUUUUUGUUAUGGACACUGUGCAACGACAUGUAGUAUUGGACAAUAUUUAGUUAAUAGUACUUGUUAUGAUUGCGAACCAGGUUCUUAUUGUCCAGACGGAGUAAGACAAUUACCGUGUGGUCCUGGAACAUAUCAGAAUGAUUAUGGAUCAUCAAGCUGUGCUAAUUGUCCCAAUGGUUAUUAUACAACAUUUUAUAAUUCAACAGAUUGCAUGAUUUGUCCACUUGGAAUGAUGUGUCCUAACAAUGAUCGAGCUCCAAUCGCUUGUCCAGCAGGCACCUAUCAAGAUACUUUUGGAAGCACAACAUGUCAGCAAUGCACCCAGGGUUAUUUUAGUACAUCAUCAACUUCCAUUGAAUGCCAGAUAUGCCCUAAAGGAAGUGAAUGUCCACGCCCUGAUCAGGCACCACUGUCCUGUCGCCCUGGAACAUAUUCCUAUGAUUAUGGAAGCUACGCUUGUCAGUCAUGCCCAGCUGGCACGUAUACAACACAAAGUGGUGCCGUUUUAUGGACUGUCUGUCCGAAAGGAAAUGAGUGUCCAAGACCCGAUCAACCACCGUCCCCUUGCCGCCCAGGAACAUUUAGUGACUCUGAGAGAUCCUCAUCAUGUAGUCCGUGUCAACAAAAUUAUUAUGCUUCCAAAACCGGAGCAGUGCAAUGUCAGUUGUGUCCUGUGGGUUUUGAAUGUUUGCAACGAGAUCAAGAUCCGCGCACGUGUCUACCUGGAUACAGUCGAGAUUAUU